GGUCCCUGUCAGCAGAGGGUGGUAUGUUGAUGUUGAUGUCAGCAUGGGGAUGAGCUUGGUGGGACUUGCGUUUGGAUGACAGCUGAUCCGGCCGUGGCGUAGAUGAUCAGCCAGAUCGGAUCAUCUGCAACGUGUGAGUCGAGUACUGACAGGCAGGAAAAACGCCUAAUCUGAUUUGUUUUCUGAGUAUUAUUAAAGCGAUUUUUAUGGCAGAAAGGAAACAGGCACCCGUUACAUCGUGAAAGUUUUUCUGCUGUUUUUGGUCGCGCCUUUUCAACAAGCCUGUGUAACCACACAUACAUUUGAGAGCAAAGAGUCAGGUGAUGAGUGAACAUGGAGGCUGGAUCGGUGGUGCGUGCCGUGUUCGAGUUCCUGCCCAGCGUGUCAGAAGAACUUCCUCUGUUUACUGGUGAUGUCAUCGAAGUUCUUAGCGUUGUUGAUGAAUUCUGGCUGCUUGGUGUCAAAGAUGGAGUCACAGGCCAGUUUCCCAGCACUUUUGUGGAAGCUGUUACGAUUCCCAGCACUAAGACAGGAGAGAAUCUGUAUGUGUGCAUCAAUGACUUUCAUUCUGCAGAGCCUGGAAACUUACCCUUAAAGAGAGGUGAUGUAGUUGCUGCUGAAGAUGCGGUGGAAGCGGUAUGGAUGAGAGGACGAAAUGCAUGGGGCUCACGUGGACUGUUCCCCACGUCGUGUGUUAAAGAGCUGGCGCUCUCUGGUCAAUCCAGGCAGCUUUCGGAGCGCAGUGCGGCUGCCCAGGCCUCCGAGCUCCCCCCGCAUGCCCUUGGUCAAGCUCGUGCUCUCAUGAGUCUCCACGCGCAGCUAGACGAGGAACUGGACUUUCGUGAGGGUGAUGUCAUCACCAUCAUAGGCCUGCCUGAGUCUGGCUGGUUUCAGGGUGAGCUUGACGGAAGGACAGGGAUUUUCCCUGAGGGCUUUGUGGAGCUGUUCGGGCCCCUGCGCUCGCCACAGGAGGAGCCCGAACCUCAGAUCCUCGAACAGUAUUCGGCUUACAGCACGGAGGAAGAGGUGAGGGACGAGGAGGAGAGAGAUGAGGAAAGUCCAGUGGAGACACAACAGCAGGUUGAAGAGGAAGAGGAGGAGGUAGAAGAGGGAGCAGUCUAUGGUGUAGCGCUUUAUGAAUUUCGGGCAAUUGAGCCCGGCGAGCUGGACUUUGAUGUUGGGGAUAGGAUACGUAUCUUGGCCACACAGGAAGAUGGUUGGUUGGAGGGGCAAAUACGUGGCAGGAGAGGAGUUUUCCCUCAUCGAUUUGUCAAGAUGGAGGGGCAGCUGCCGGUUGCACCACAACCGGAGACUUUAGUUAGGGAAAUUUGUGAGCCUGAGAGGCAUGAGGAGGAAGUGUGUUACACUCCAGAUUAUAUCUCGACUCCACAGGAUUACAUAAUACCAGAAUACGGGCAGGAUUGGGCUACUCAAGAAGACCACACAGUGUGGGACCUGGAUUACUUUGAGCGCAGGGAGGAAGAAAGAAAAGAGGAAGAUGUUCAAUACUCGCUCUCCAAUAUAAAUUCUCAAGAGUCAAAAACAAUGCAAAAUCAAUCACAAAUUCUAAGGAAAGAGAGACCCCCACCUCCUAACACACAACCCCACAAAGCGAGUAGCUCGGCCCAAACCAGGACCAGCAAAGGCAGUCACAAUCGCCCCCAGUUGCCUCCUAGACCCAGUCUGCAAGCCCUCAGCAACAGACAGUACAGCACCAGUUCCCACACCGGCUUACGAGAAACUCCACGAGCACCACCCACUAAAACCUCACCCAAUUCCACCUGGACAAGAAACAAAGGCCACUAUGCCUCUCAUGACAGCAGGCUUCCCUUCAGCAGUAAAAUUUCGACUCGAUCUGGUGCAAAGAAUAGGCAGAAGGUGACCCGGCACGCAAGCGUCAGUGAUGCAGACCUUAUAUCUAAUGGUCGCAGGGACUGUGAUGCAUGGUUGCAGGGAUCGAGCUCCAAUGGAUUACCUACAUCUCAGACGACUGGGGCUGUGAAUCUGUCAGCAGGUGAUCUUGAAACCAAGCUCUCCCAGCAGCUGAUCGAGUUCGAAAACAGUUUACCGGGUCGAGGGAACGGAGUGACAGAACAGAGCCGAUGGGAGGAGCUCAGCGCCGGAUGGGGCAACAAAGUGUCCCGCCACUACUCCAUUAUGGACUACAGCAGUGAGAAUGACAUCAUUCGUGGCUCCUCCCAUUCCCCAGUCGACCACCUGUUCCUCCACACUCCCUCCCCAGCUGGCUCCGCCCCCUCCUCUCUGGAGAGGCGAAAAUCCCUACGCCCACCUCCUCCUCGACCACGGCUCCUAAGGCCACCAGCUCCUUCAAAUUCACAGUGUCCACUUACCAUUGCUCCUCAGCCUUACAAACCGGCACGGCCGGCACCACGCCCACCUCCUCCAUGCCCCCGCCCACCUCAACCCGCAUCCAACCCCUUCUACCAUAUGCCAGAAGAGGAUGAGGUAGUUGAGGAGGUGGAGGAUGCAGAGGAUGCUUUGGAGAAAGAGAUGGAGAGAGAAAAGGAGCAGUACAGGUUGCUUCUGAGGCUGGAGGAGGUGGAGAGAGACAUUGAUAUUUACUCUCACACAGCUCAGGAGCUUCAGGUCAUGCUGGAAGAGGAGCAGGAUGAGACCUCGAGACAACAAGCACUAGAAAAUCUGGAGUUCUGCACGUAUACCAUAGAAACACUGACUCUGGAACAGCAGCAACUACAAGAGAUGACUCUACUCGCCUCUCAGCCCAAGUCUCUUGAACCAUCCCCAGCAUCAGCGGCCACCACUGAAGAUCCUGAACAGAGGAUGCUGGAGAAGAGAUUAAAAGUCAUCGAUGAGCUUCUCCAGACAGAACACGACUUCAUUAAGGAUCUUCAGAUGUGUGUCAAGGAGAUCAUUCAGCCUCUGCAGGAGAAACAGGUCCAGAGUAUUGACUUUGAUGGUCUCUUUGGAAACAUCAACUCCGUAAUCGACCUCUCCCGUCGACUUUACAAGAGUCUCCAAGAUACAGACUCCAUAGGUAACGUGUUCUUGGACUACAAAAAUGAAUUGGAAGAGGUUUACAAGGUCUAUUGCCAAAAUCACGAUGAUGCCAUCUCUUUACUGGAGGCCUAUGAGAAGGAUGAGAACAUCCAGAAACACGUGCUCGAGUGUCUGGAGAAGCUCAGAGGGAUAUACCGUGAGUGGGGAAAGACCAACUACAUUAAUCUGGGAUCCUUCUUGAUAAAGCCGGUUCAGAGAGUAAUGCGAUACCCGCUGCUGCUGAUGGAACUGCUCAACACCACACCAGAAUCACACCACGACCGCAAGCAACUCACAGAGGCUGUGAUGUCCAUCAAAGAAAUCAAUGUUAACAUCAAUGAAUACAAGAGGAGAAAAGAUCUUGUGGUGAAGUAUCGCAAGGGUGAUGAAGAUCGACUCAUCGACAAGAUCUCAAAGCUGAGUAUGCACUCCAUCAUCAAGAAGUCCAACCGAGUAAGCAGCCAUCUGAAACACCUGACUGGAUUUUCACCUCAGAUCAAAGAUGAAGCUUUCGAUGAAGCAGAGAAAAGAUUCAGACUCCAGGAGCGACUGAUCAAAUCUUUCAUCAGGGAUAUCUCCCUCUAUCUGCAGCAUAUAAGGGAGUCUGCGUCAGUGAAGGUGCUGGCCGCCAUCAGUUUCUGUGACGUCUAUACAGAACGACAACAGCAGAUGGAUCCUGAACGCUUCCAGAAAGCUCAUCGGUGUAUCAGCGACAAACAGUUUACUGAGUUUAAAGAGAGAACAGAAGCUCUGGUCAUCGCUCCUCUCACCCAGUUGCUCAACAUGUUCGCUGGGCCGCACAAACUGAUACUGAAGCGCAAAGACAAGCUUCUAGACUACGACAACUGUAAGGAGCGCGCAGAGAGGUUAAAAGACAAACGUGUCCAGGAGGAACUCCAGGCCGCCAGGAACAACUACGAAGCCCUAAACGCCCAGCUGCUCGAUGAGCUGCCGAAAUUUCACCGCACGGCCGAAGAGCUGUUCAUCAGCUGCGUGAGAGGCUUCGCACAUGCCCAGAAAGACUUCAUCUCGCUCACAGUGCGAGAGCUCACGCCACUUCUGCAGCUGUCUGGAUUGGCUGGUACAGAAGGGAAUCUGGUAUCCUUGUUUCAGGAGGAACACACACGUGUGAUGGAUUUACUCCAGAGCUUCAGUUUCUUCCCUGACAACCUUCCCACUACUGUGCGCAAGACGAUUGAGAAGAAGACUGUGGAAAAGCAGAGCUCCAAGAAACUUCAAGGCCCUCCAAACUACGUGUUGCAGACCGACAAGCAACGAGCCGGGCUUCUGGCAAGAUACGGACCAGAAAAACUCUUCCAGGCUGACAGGAACUUUAAUGCAGCACAAGACCUGGAUGUGUCUUUACUGGAGGGAGAUAUAGUGGGGGUCAUCAAACAGCAAGAUCCCAUGGGCAGUCAGAACCGCUGGCUGAUAGACAAUGGAGCUACAAAGGGCUUUGUGUACAGUUCGUUUCUAAAGCCCUACAACCCGCGCACGAGCCAGUCAGAUGUUUCCAUUGAGAGCCAGUCAUCAAAUGAGUCGGGCUAUGGUGGCUCCUCCCCUAGGUUCUCACGGCAGAACAGCGACAGCACUCUCGUCUUCAACCAAGAAACGGCGACUGUCAGCUUCUCGACGGCCACGCCUCCCCUCCAAACACACACUCGCCAUGACACGACCCCUAGGAAAAACAGAGAGGCCUCCACCAAUCAGAGAGAUUCCCUCGACCCCACCUACAGAAACUCCCCAAACGGCAAAGAACCGUCUGAGACAGCCUUACGAAAUAACAGGGACUAUGAACCUUCAUACAGAAGUCCCACCAAUCACAGAGACUCUUUAGACUCGGGUCAGAUCACGCCGACCAAUCACAGAAACCCCUCGGACUUCUCGGAGACGGACUCCUCCAAUAGGAACUCUAGAUACGAGUCAUCUUCGAGGUACAGCAACUCUAAUGGUUCAAACGGUUCGCUGCAGAGACGAAAUGGAGAUUAUUCGGUACAGCAGAAGAGUCCACAGUACCCUCCUGAUGAAUUUAUAGAUCCAGAACCAGAACUGGAUGGCCACCAGAUAUAUUAUGCGAUCUACUCAUUCAGUGCCCGGUGUUCGAAUGAACUCAGCGUUUCAGCCAAUCAGAGGGUCCGAAUCCUUGAGUUCCAGGACAUGAAUGGAAACCAGGAGUGGUGGCUGGGCGAGGCCGGGGGGCGAAGAGGUUACAUCCCAUCCAAUUACAUACGCAAAUCGGAGUACACAUGAUCUUCAGCCACACCAGACGACAACUCAGUGAGGAGAAAAACACUACAAUAGGACAUGUUUGUGCCUUAACUAUUACGGAAAUGCACUGAUGUGGUGAACUGGUUAUUGCUGCCAAUACUGGAUGAAAACAUCACCAUAAAAACAGCAUUUAAUGCUCCAGUCUCUGUAUUUUGUAGAAGUGAAUGUAACUCCUGUGUGCCUCCUAGUGGUUAAAGAAGGAAUAGCACAUGACUGUGCAUUGUAAAACGUUUGGUUUGGGCGUACCCAGGCUCUAGCAGGGUACUUCGGUUAUAGUGUUAGCGCUUAAAUGCUCGUAGAGAGUUUAAAUCUCUUGAAUGUUUAAGAGUGGACUUGUUUAGGACGUGUGUACGACCUGGAGAGAGACUGAUGUUGAUCCAGUACUGGCAUGGUGGUGAUGCCCGUAAGCAUGCGAGAGUGAAUGAAUGAGUGUUUGUGUGUGUUGAAGACAAAUGCAUUGAGUUGAGUGUGUUUGAAUUUAGCCUCCAUUACGGCUCUCAGAUCAUAGCGAUAUUAUCACUGGUGACUGUUUCAUAUUCCUGAAAAUUUACAUAAAUGAAAUGCAGCAGACACUUUUUUUAAGGUACAGUGUUUUUUUACCUUUUUACUUUUGAUAGCAUUGAGUUUGCACUUGUGAAUGAAUUUGCAAAUUAAUCCUGUUGUUUUGUGCGGUUUAUAAGGGCACCAUGAGCUCAUUUUUUGAUGUGAUCCCUAAAAUAUGAUCCUCCUGUCAUAUUUAUCUGAUGCUGUAUAUACUGAGAAUGUACUUCUGCACUCCAGUGUCAACUGAUCUGUUUCUCUUCUUUUGAAUAAAAAUACAUCAGUUGAAAACAA